GAGUGAGGAGGAGCUCGGAGAAGAGCCGCCAUCGAAAGCAGGACGAAGCGGAAGCGCAGCAGCAGCAGCGCCGAGCAGAAAAGCAGCAGACGUCGGCUGCGGACACAAGCGCAUAUCCGUUGCGCAGGAAGAGCCCGAGGUAGAGGCCGGCGGACGUAGUGGCGAUUGCAGGAGCUCUGUAUCACAUUCCUCAGCUGCGGGAGAGGCCUUUCGUCGAGCCGAUUGCCGACUGACCAUGGAAGAAAUCAUCGAGGGCAAGGACUACUCCUUCCCCAAGGAGGAGGAGAAGACUUUGGAAUUCUGGGAGCGCAUUGAUGCGUUUCAGACUCAGCUGAAGCGGAGCGAAGGCAAGCCGGAGUAUGUUUUCUACGAUGGACCUCCGUUUGCCACGGGCCUGCCGCAUUACGGCCACAUUUUGGCCGGGACCAUCAAGGAUGUUGUCACACGAUUUCAAACCGCAUUAGGACACCAUGUCACCCGGCGCUUCGGGUGGGAUACUCAUGGGCUUCCCGUGGAGUAUGAGAUCGACCAAAAACUGGGAAUUAAAACCCGUGAUCAGGUUCUGGAGAUGGGAAUUGACAAGUACAACGAUGAGUGUCUGGCAAUUGUUAUGCGCUACAGAGAGCAGUGGAGGAAGGUUGUGUCCAGGGUGGGACGGUGGAUCGAUUUUGAUAAUGAUUAUAAAACCUUGGAUCCCAGUUUUAUGGAAAGCGUAUGGUGGGUGUUCAAGCAGCUUGUGGAUAAGGAUCUCGUCUACCGAGGGUUUAAGGUCAUGCCUUACAGCACAGGUUGCAACACCCCCUUAUCGAACUUUGAAGCAGGGCUAAAUUUCAAGGAUGUUUCAGAUCCAGCUGUGAUGGUGAGUUUCCCUAUUGAAGGAGAUGAACAUGGAGCUGGAAUGGUAGCAUGGACGACGACUCCCUGGACAUUACCGAGCAACCUGAUUUUGUGUAUCAAUGCUGGUUUCACCUACGUGAAGGUGAAAAGCAAAGCAACAGGAAGUGUGUAUAUUGUUGCCGAAUCCCGACUUUCUCAGCUGCCUACUCCUAAAAAAGGAAAGACGGACGCGCCAAAAGCUGAAGCCGUUAAAGUGGCCGAAACACCUGCAAAGGGAGCUGCGAAGAAAGGAGAUAAGAAGGCAGUAAAGGAAGCCUCGGAACCAGUCGUUGACACCAGCGCCUAUGAAGUCUUAGCCAAGUACAAAGGAAGUGAUUUAGUUGGUAAACGGUAUACUCCUCUCUUCCCAUACUUCACGGACUACUCGAAGGAAGCUUUCAAAGUUGUUGCAGACAAUUACGUCACUGAUGAUGCGGGUACGGGAGUUGUUCAUUGUGCCCCAGCUUUUGGAGAAGACGAUUACCGAGUAUGUUUGGCUAAUGGCGUUAUCGUGAAGGGAGCUGAUUUACCCAACCCAGUAGAUGCUAGUGGCUGCUUCACAGCUACCGUCAGUGACUUUCAAGGUCGUUAUGUGAAAGAAGCGGACAAGGACAUCAUCGCUUGGGUGAAGGCUAAUGGAAGGCUCGUGAGUUCAGGAAGCAUUAUGCAUUCCUAUCCCUUCUGCUGGCGGUCUGAAACCCCUCUUCUUUACAAAGCUGUGCCCAGCUGGUUUGUGGCCGUUGAAAAAUUCAAGGACAGAUUAUUGGUGAACAAUCAGCAAACGUACUGGGUGCCAGACCAUGUGAAGGAUAAGCGCUUCCACAACUGGUUGGAGAAUGCCAGGGAUUGGUCAGUGAGCCGCAGUCGAUUUUGGGGAACUCCUUUGCCAAUCUGGUUAAGCGAUGAUGGGGAGGAAAUGGUUGUCGUUGGAUCUAUUCAGGAAUUAGAAGAGCUCUCUGGAUUCAAGGCUACAAACCUUCAUCGUCACAAGAUUGAUCACGUCACCAUUCCUUCCAAACGUGGCCCCGAGUUUGGUGUUCUAAAGCGCGUAGAGGAUGUUUUUGACUGCUGGUUUGAAAGUGGGUCUAUGCCUUACGCAUACAUCCAUUAUCCAUUCGAGAACCAAGAACUUUUUGAACGGAAUUUUCCAGGAGACUUUGUUGCUGAGGGUCUCGAUCAAACCCGUGGAUGGUUUUACACUCUGAUGGUGCUGUCGACAGCUUUGUUCGACAAACCAGCUUUCAAGAAUCUCGUUUGCAAUGGUCUGGUCUUGGCAGAAGAUGGGAAGAAAAUGUCCAAACGGCUCAAAAACUUUCCUCCUGUAACGGAUGUACUCGACGAAUACGGGGCUGAUGCUUUAAGGUUGUACCUCAUCAACUCUCCAGUCGUUCGUGGAGAACCUUUGCGCUUUAGGAAGGAAGGUGUCUUCGCUGUGGUGAAAGAUGUCUUUCUCCCUUGGUAUAAUGCCUACAGAUUCUUGGUCCAGAAUGCUCUAAGGCUAGAAGCAGAAGGUUUCGGGAAGUUUUCUCCGUUGGAUCUCACCACUCUUCAAAAAUCCACUAACGUGCUGGACAGGUGGAUCAACUCGUCCACGCAAAGCUUGGUCAAAUUCGUGAAACAGGAGAUGGAAGCUUACAGACUUUACACGGUGGUUCCAUUCCUGCUUAAGUUUAUCGACAACUUGACCAAUAUCUAUGUGCGGUUCAACCGUAAACGACUGAAAGGCCGGACCGGCGAGGAGGACAGUCGUGUCGCGCUUUCAACUCUCUACAAUGUGUUGCUGACAACUUGCAAGACAAUGGCUCCCUUCACUCCCUUUUUUACCGAAGAUCUGUAUCAAAAUCUGCGAAAAGUCGAUCCUUCAGCAGAAGAAAGCAUCCAUUAUUGCGAAUUUCCAGAAGUACAAGGAGAGACAGAUGAGCGCAUCGAGCAGAGCGUUACACGCAUGAUUACGGUUAUUGACCUAGCGCGCAACAUCAGGGAGAGGCACAACAAGCCCCUGAAGACCCCUCUAAAGGAAAUGGUCGUGGUACAUCCCGACCAGGACUUUCUCGAUGACAUUACUGGCAAGUUGGGAGAGUAUGUUCAGGAGGAACUUAAUGUGAGGAGCAUUGUUACUUGCAAUGAUCCUCUCAAGUACGCUUCUUUGCGUGCAGAGCCUGAUUUCAGUUCUCUAGGUAAAAGACUUGGAAGAGCUAUGGGGCUGGUAAGCAAGGACGUGAGAAGCAUGAGUCAAGCAGAUAUUUUGGCUUUUGAAAAAUCUGGUUCUGUGACUAUUGCUGGACACGAGUUAACUGGCGGAGACAUCAAGGUCCAUCGAGAUUUCAAAGCACCGGACGGAGUAAAGAAAGAAGACGUGGACGCUGGCGGCGAUGGUGACGUGUUGGUCGUCUUGGACCUUCGGCCUGAUGAUAGCCUGCAAGAGGCUGGGUUUGCUCGUGAGAUUGUGAACAGAAUCCAGAAGCUGCGAAAGAAGUCUGGACUAGAACCAACGGAUUCUGUAGAGGUGUACUACAAGGUGGUGGGUGCUGGUAGUGAGAACGAUGUCUUGAAGCGUGUGUUUGCUUCUCAGGCUGCAUAUAUUCAAGAAACCGUGGGAUCGUCCGUAUUAGCUCAAGAGAAUCUGCCAGCUCAUGCAGUGGUUAUCGCGACUGAGCAAUUCAGCGGAGUUGCAGGAGGAUCUUUCUCAGUCACAUUGGCCAAACCGGCUUUGUCAUUCGCUUUCGACCUGCUUACAGAGUUGUGUUCAGGAAACAAAGAACAUGCUCAGAACAUCUCAGUAGUAUUGUUGGCCAAAGAUCCUGCCACUCUGAAGUCAAGUAAAACGGUAAAUGUAGUUAUAGAUGGACAAGGGGAUUAUGGAUUGGUUGCUGGAAAGCACUUCUUUUUGUCUGUUGGAGAAUACUGCCAAAGACUAUCAUCUUAAAGCCCAUGUCACUAACAUAGAAUCUUGCAGGCCUCAUUUUUUAAUUUAUUGAUCUUAGCAGCGAUGACUUGUUGCUAAAUUCAGGAUUCAGAGCUUUCUACUCUUUCUGCCUUCCGAAUAUGUUUAUCGUAGAGUUGAUCUAGGCGUUUUUCAGACAUGUUCACGAAGGUGAUAAAGAGUCGUGAAAGAAAUUGUGGACAAGGUUUGAGGGUAGUUUUGCAGAAGUUCUUGGCAAGCUUGAAGCCUUCGACGUUUCCUAGUGCUGUGUUUUACGGCCAUCCGAUGCAUCCACCAAAUGUCAUCUUGUCAAUCGAGUCCUAAAUUGUAGGACUCGCUUUGUGGAGCUCCAAGUUCAUUCAGUAAAGGGCUUCCGUCCAAUUUUGAAAUUCCGA